AUGGCAGCCCAUAUCGUGGUUCGACUUCAGUCUAUUGUUAGCCGCGAGAUUGAUCCCAGCGACAUCUCAGUCCUGACAGUCGGAAGUAUCCAAGCUGGUGAUACGGAGAACAUCAUUGUUGAUACUGCUGAGAUUGGAGUUGAUAUCCGCAGUGUAAAGCCCGAGACCCGCGAGCAGCUGCUUGCUUCCAUUCGCCGGGUUGUUGACGCCGAGUGUCAAGCCAGCGCUGCUACAGCGCCUCCGGUAUACAAGAUUACGCGUCAUCUACCGCUGACCUCCAACGAUGCUGGCAUGAUGAAUACGCUCAGCGGCACAUUCCGUGCUCAUUUUGGAGACUCUUAUACCUCCGAGAUGGAUACGCAGACGGUGUCUGAGGAUUUUUCUGUUCUCGCCACCUCACAAAAUAGGCCCUACGUCUUCUGGCACAUCGGCGGCGUCGAAGGUACGCUCUAUGAUCAGAAGGAGGCUGAGGGUCGUCUGCUGGAUGAUAUACCGGCGAAUCAUUCGUCCAACUUUGCACCAGUCUUGGAUCCUACCAUGCGAACGGGUAUCGAUGCUCUAGUUAUUGCUGCUCUAACCUUCUUCCAGGAGAAGCGCUGA